GCCAAAUGCCAACUGGAACUUUGCAGUCGACUGACGUGCGGCCAGGAAGUUGGCCGACGAGUCUGCUAAUAAAAACAUGCCGCUAUGCAGAGCAAAGGGCCAUCUUUUUGUUUUGGUCCUAACCUGUGCAUCCUAUUGCAUCAGUCAAACAACGCCUACCCAGUUCGCUGCCACCGUGAAGCUCAUUUACGACCUGUCGUGGUUCCUUAACAUCAAAAACCUGCUGCUAGUCGAUGAAUGCGGACUUUUCAGUGCAGUGCCGGCGACAACGGCUCUUCUCGUGCAACGGCUUGCUGACCUUGGCGUUCGCGUCCAUCUGGCAGGCAAAUUUGGAAACACCCGCCGGUGCUCUCGAAUCGAUCAAACUCUGGUGGUGCCCAUAACACCGGCCUGUCCACUGGAUUCGAUCAUCGCCAAGCAAGAUGACGCAACGUUUGCCGAAUUCUGCCAAUGGAUUUUUCUGCUCGAUCCCGAUGCGGAGAGGCCAUUUUUGAUCACGUUGAGUCGGUUUCGGCUCCGUCUGGACUCCCAAGUUGUCGUGGUAACAAGGAACGACUCGAAUCUAUUUGAUCAUCACCACCAAGCAAGCCUUGACAAUCUGUUGCGUCGGGACGCACUCGCGGGUUCCUUGCGAGUCAACGAACCUCGGGAUAACCCAAUGCUGUUGGGUUCCUUGGAUCAUUCGUUGCAGGAUUUCCAAGGGGCGCGACACGCGGUCUUCACGCUGACGCAGCUCUACAAGCUGAACACCACCGAUGACGGUUCAUGCGUUCGCUUGGCGUUGGGGUCACACGAGAUAACCUCGGGAAGGUUGACGCGGCCGCUGCCGGUGGAACAACGAAACGACUUCUUUGGCCGGGUCAAGUUCACGCUAGGUGUCCUGAUGGAGACGGCUGGGCAAGAGAACGGUGGUGGUGCUGGUGGUCACGUACCGGUUUACGGGGACUCCGGGACACUGCUGCGGGUGCUGCCAAAGUUCCUUGGAGCAAGCAUCGGCAUCAAGCCAAUUCUUCAAACAAGUGCCGACGGCACCCAGGACAUAGUCAGUGCUCUCCAGAACCACGAGGUGGACGUUGUGUACAGUCGAAUCAACGUUGACGUCGCAUUGGAACGAAAAAUUAGCUACUCUUUCGCUGUUUACCACGAGUUCCGCAACGUGUACCUCCGGCAGCCGGAACUGAGCGAAAUCCGCGACAUCUAUCUGGCCCCGAUAACGACCACGCUAGCCGUGGCCUUUCUGGCACUGACCAUAACCCUUGCGGUCAUGUUACGACUGAUCAACAACCUGCACGUAACAACACGCUGGAAACGAAACCAGCACGCACCACCCACGGACCACGUGUCCGGUUCGGAUGCGUUCCUCUGGUUUAUGGGCAUUUUUUGCAUGCAAGGCAGCACCAUCAAUCCCAACUGUCAAAGUUCGGCCACGAUCGUCAUCACGGCCCUGCUUUUCCAGCUGAUCGUGUACAACGCCUACUCCGCCUCGAUCACGUCCAAGUUGUCGAUCUAUCUGGAUGAGGUGACGGACUUGCACGGUUUGUUGCAUGCAACCGACUUUGAGGUGGGCUUCGUGCGUAAUAGAUCCGAUGAGGCGUAUUUAGUGGCAAACCGCGAUCGAGAUACUAGCGAAAUACUGAAGCGAUCAAUGAAAAAUCCAACGAUCAAGGUUGAACACUACCGGGAAGGGCUUCACCGAGCUGUUGAGACUAAAUUUGCCCUGUUUGGACGGCAUGGCGCAGUUCGGGGUGCUAUUCGGAAUCUAGCUGCGACGGAUUUUUGUGAGCUUUCCGAAGUUGCGGUCCUCAGCACCUAUCAAAAAACAGCAUUCGCAUUCGUCAAGGACUCCCCAUACAGAAAAGUACUCAACUAUGAAAUCAUCCGCCUCCUCCAGCACGGCAUCGUGAACCGCGAGCUGCCGUUUAUGCUGCCCGGAAUGGCCGGCUGCAACCAGGCCAAGUUGUUCAACAAAGCUAAACUUUCAGACGUGUUCAGCUGCUUCGCCGUCCUCCUGAUGGGGAUGGCAAAUGCAUUUCUGGUUGUAUUAGGAGAAAAGUUUGUUGAAAAUAUUCGUAGCAACAGCGAGAGAUUUCGAAUGGAGUAAUGAAUUGAUUUGUUUUAGAUUUUUUUUGUCGUGUAUUUCCAUCAAUUCAUCAAAAAAGUUGUACAGAGAAAGAAUAAAUUAAUCGCCUGUCCUUACGUAGUGUUGAAA